AUGGAACCUGAGGAUCAAAUUGAGAAGGAAGAGCUUUAUUCAAGUUGGGCUUUAUUAAUUCAAACUGUUUUAUUAAUUGGCGCAUUAUGGACAAGUUAUUACUUACAUUUAAAACAGAUCAGAGUUAUACAUGAAACUAUCGUAUCUAUAUUUGCAGGAAUGAUUGUUGGAUUAAUUAUCAGACUUUCACCAGCUUCAACAAUUCAAAGAAUGGUUACUUUCAAUUAUACAUAUUUUUUCAAUAUUCUUUUACCACCAAUUAUUUUGAAUUCAGGAUAUGAAAUGCAAAGGGAACUUUUUUUCAGAAAAAUUGGAACAAGCUUAUUAUUCGCGUUUAUGGGAACUUUUAUAUCGGCAUUGGUUAUUGGAGUUCUCGUUGGAAUAUUGGCAUUUUUCGGAAUUGAUUCACUUUCACUAUCAUUUAUUGAUUCGUUGAUCUUUGGUUCAAUUCUGUCGGCAACAGACACGGUGACAGUGCUUGCAAUAUUUCAAUCAUUAAAAGUUGAUCCAAAAUUAUAUACAAUCAUCUUUGGCGAAAGCCUGUUGAAUGAUGCAGUUUCAAUUGUCCUUAAUUCAAAUUUAUACAUGUUAAAGCAUUCGCAAUUGCGCAAGUAUUCUUCGAUAGAGUCAUGUAUAAUCGCCUUGAUGGCGUAUUCUUCUUAUUUAUUAUCAAAUGGUAUUGAUUCAUCAGGGGUCGUAUCGUUAUUGUUCUGCGGCAUAAUUCUAAAGCAUUACGCUUAUGAUAACAUGUCAUUAAAAACCAAACGAACAACGAAAUAUUUGUUUCAUGUAUUAGCUCAACUUUCGGAAAAUUUCAUUUUUAUUUAUCUAGGGUUAACUUUGUUCACAAAAUCUGAUCUUGAAUAUAAGCCAAUAUUUAUAUUUUUUACAGCGAUAUUUAUAUGCAUAGGACGAUAUUUUGCCAUAUUUCCCUUAUCAUUUUUAGUGAAUUCUUUUGCACGAUAUCGAAACGAAAUUGAUUCAAUUCCACAAGAACAUUCUAUCAUGCUUUUCUGGGCAGGGUUACGUGGAGCUGUUGCGUUUGCACUAACGGCAGAACUUGAGGGCAGAAAUGCGAAUGCAAUGCUAACAACCAUUCUUGUUGUUGUAGUACUUAGUGUCAUAAUAUUUGGUGGUUCAACCAGUAUGAUGUUGGAAGUUCUAAAGAUUCAGACAGAAAUGAUAGUGUGUGAUUCUAUAAAUUCCGCUCAAUUAAAUAAUAUUACAUCCAAUGAAACUGAACGAAAGCAUUGGUUUAUUUCAUUUGAUGAUCGGUUUUUAAAACCGUUGUUUACGCGUCAAAAGAAUCAAAAAUAUGUUUCUCCGCAUGAUCAAAAUAAUGUUGAAAGUUUCGGGCUUGUAUCAAUUAACAAAAAAGAUAACGAAAACAUUGAAGUUAAAAAUAAUCACAUUAGAAAUAGUAGUGAUACAUUUGCAAGUGUUACGAUUAAUAAUUUUUCAACUACAAAUUUGAAUUCAAAUAAUCAAAAUUCCGAAAAUAAUCUUUUAAAUUCUUCAACAGAGACAUCUCAAUAA